CUCUGGGUCAGAAACUUGACUGAUAUAAGAAUAUCAGCCCUACCUUCUAAUGAGCCGAUGUAUGAGGUGAAAUCGAAGGGAAACUGCGCGAUCCGCCUCUCAAACGUAGGAGUUGUUAUGUUGUGGUUGCCGCCAGGCCGAUAUUCCAUCUGUAUUUGUUGAUCAAUAUACAAGCUCUCAAGCGGGAAGUACAAAAGGUAAGCUUGUAGAGCGAUGCUCAAUUCAGCUGCUUCUGCAUUGGUGGACACUGAUCUAGGUAGAACAGGUGGAAGAGAAACAAUCGGUCGAAACAUAACUUCACAGUAUGGAAAUGCGAAAGACAAUGCAGAAACCCUGAAGGAACAGAUGGAAACUCUGAACAUAAAAAACAAAGAUGCGCUAAUGGAUCACAUAGACAAAAUGGCACGCCGAACAUCGACUGUAGAGGAAAAUGGACAUGUCAAGCAGUCUCAAGAUGUCGGAAAUGUCUCCCAACAAAAAAUACUAAGUCCAAAAACAGAGAGAGGAAGAAGACUCUUACCAGCAACUCCAAAGUCACUUUAUUCGUCCCAGAGUCAAUUGACUCCGUCAAUUAAUCAUUCAGCUGAAAAUGUGACAUUAAACUCCAAACGACUUAGUACAUCCUCAUCACGAAGCAGUAAUACUUCUUUAUCUUCGGAAGAUGACCUCGGCAGAUCGAAAACCAAACAAACCCACAUUGCCCUGUACAAGUUCGUAGCACGACACGACGACGAAGUUAGCUUGGAAACUGGAGAUGCGGUUUAUGUGAACAAGAAGGGUGAAGAUCUGUGGUUCGAAGGGAUUAAUUUACGGACCGGCGAAUCAGGAAUUUUCCCAUCUCGCUACGUCUCUGAUAUUUUACGAGAAAGCGACGUUCAAGACAAUUCCAAAAGAGGUACACAAGUUAACCAGUUCAGUGUAAGAUUUCUUGGAUCAGUUGAAGUAAGUGGCUUCAAGGGAAAUGAUAUCAUAUGUGAUGCUAUGAGAGAGAUUGUAAAACAGCAUCAACUGACAUCAGUUACCAAACCCCCAGCCUGUAUACUGGAUGUUAGUGAGAGAGGAAUCAGAAUCACUGAACAUCCUCAAGGUCCUUUAGGAGGGAAGGAAUCUAAAUUCUUUAAGAAAUCAAGCAGACGUAAAUUAGGGAAACUCUUUGACAGGGAUGGAAAGGAAACUUUAACCCAAUCUCACUAUUUUGCAUUGAAGAAUGUAACAUUUUGUGGUUGUCAUCCACAAAAUGCCAGAUUCUUCGCCUUUAUCACGAAACAUCCAGAGGAUCACCGAUUCGCGUGUCAUGUGUUUAUGUCGGAAUUCUCGACAGAGCCAGUAGCAAACGCUGUAGGGCUGGCCUUCAAGAAGUUUUAUGCCGAAUUUCUCGAUUAUCAAGCUCCUAUAGAAGAUUUCUAUAUUGAAUGACGACGAAAUUUGUCCCAUUUUGUAGUUUACCAUACCCCAAAACUAUAAUAAUCCAUAGUAAUUUUAAAAUAUUCUUCUAGAUAAUUUGAUUUUUGAAAAAUCAACAAGGAAUUAUUUAAUAGAUAGGUUGAUCCUAAAUUUGGUGAUGAGAAAGGUAUUAUCCCUUUCGACGGUGUUGCGAGCGGAAACAAUCUGUGUAAAUAUUCAUUCAUUUCUAAAUGGUAAUAUUCAUAAUAUCGCAAUUUUGAAGAAAAAUAGUGUAAACUACAGAUUAAUAGCCAUGAUUAAAAUCCUUGAAAUUUGGUGCAGUGCACUCCUGAUACUGAACUCACAUUCCAUGUUAGCAUCCCAAACGUAUUUCGUUCCCGGUUCUAUGGCAAAAAUUUCUCUCUUUUAGUUCGGAGCUGAAAACGUUUGUCAAACCCUUUCCUACUAAUGAUUAGAUACUAGUGGAAAACAGCCCACUGAGUUUAGUUGGAAACUAAGUUUCAAAAUAUAGCAUCAGGGAAUGUUGUCUUUUGUGAAAGAGUGUUAUUCAUAUCGGGUCUGCACAGGGCGCAAAUAUUCUUAAAGAGUGUCGAUGAAGUGCCUCUUCAUUUAUAAAAGCAUAUUAGGUGAAUUUUGUAACCUAUUGAACGGCAAGCUAGAUGUUAGUAAGCUUUAGAAGCAAAACUAAUUUUUAGUACUUAGAUGAUAUAGAGUUAAAAGUAUAGUAUUAAUAUAUAUAGAUUAAGUCUAGUAAAAAGUUUGUGUUGAAACAUACUAAACUGUACCAUUACAGUCAGUAACGUCAUUCUAUUUGACCAAAAAAAACCCUUGAUAAUUCAUAUUCAGACGAAGUAUGUGCCUUAAAAUUCGACUGAAAUCUUUACGAGGUUAGAUAAAGAUAAACUUAAUUAACAGACUGGACCACCACUUGGACUAAGAAGUCGGAGAAUAGAUCAUUAAUAUUGUGCCCUACUCCGUGCAGAAGGGACCCUUAAACUUGGCGCCGAGUCAAAUCCAUGAUCGCACUAUCUUGAGUCAGGAAAUCUAAACAAACACAGAAGAAAACACCCUUAAUUUGGCAAUCUUUCAAAGUCUCCAUUAGCCGGAUGUUGUUAAAAUAAGCAUUUGAAAUGAAUUUUAGACAUCAUAUUUAUUGCAAACGCAUUCUUAUAAGCGUCUGUGAAUGUGAACAUUUCAAACCAUCGUUUCUAUAGAAUUAGAGUUAUAUUGCAUUAAAUUCCCAAUACUCUCUACUUGAACUAUGUGCUCCGUCGUAGUGGGAAUUAUCUUGUGAUAGGUAACUUUUGGUUUACCAAAUUAAAGAAAGCAUAAGUUAC